UGUGAACUAAGAAAACCGCUACGCAAUCUUGAGCAUAGCCUCCGGUGAGAAGUGCAACGCUGUCAUCAACUGUAUAUGGCCUCAGGUAGUAGAUAAAGUAAUUGCGAAUAGAUCUAAGAAUGAGAUGACACAACGUUUCGUUCCUUCUUCCGUCCAUCGCUGGGACAUACUGGCGGAAAAAUGGAAAAGCCACCAAGGUUACUGUCGCAUCCUCUUUUACUGAAAAACAGGGUCUAUGAAGUCACGUUAAACCGUGCGCAACUGACAUGGAAGAAGCUCCAGACCAAGAAAAAACUCGUCUCGAGAAGCAUACACAAUUCGCGCAAACACGGAAGCGUCUGUGUGCCCGUAUCCGAAAUCCUCGCGGUCAGAGAAACGGAAGUGGACGGCCGGACCGAGAGCGGAGGGAGGUGGCAGAAGACGUCCCAGAGGCCCGCGGAGGCGUAUCCGUACGCAUUCACAGUGUCCCAUGUGUUGAGGGUGAAGAGGCACCGCUGGCGGUGUAGAGACGUCACCUUCCAGUGUGCGGACGCGGCGGUGCGGCAGCAGUGGGUCCAGGCCGUCAGGGAUCAGCUCUCAGCGCUGGCGGGGCGGCCGAAGCACCUGCUGGUGUACAUUAAUCCCCACGGCGGACGGAAGCAGGGGAAGCAGAUUUACGAGGAGAGGGUGGCCCCGCUCUUCUCCCGCGCCUCCGUGUCCACCUGCGUGAUCGUUACCGAGCAUGCGAAUCACGCCAGGGAUCACUUGAAGACGGACACAGACCUAAAGAAGUAUGACGGUGUGGUGUGCGUGGGGGGCGACGGCAUGUUCAGCGAGAUCGUCCACGGGCUGAUCGCUCGGACGCAGAGGGACGCCGGGGUGGACCAGAACCGCAGAGAGGAGAAGCUGACGCCGUGCGCCAUCCGGAUCGGCAUCAUUCCCGCCGGGUCGACGGACUGCAUUUGCUACGCGACCGUGGGCGCCAACGACCCCGUGACCUCUGCCCUGCACAUCAUCGUGGGGGAUUCCCAGCCUCUGGACGUCUGCUCGGUGCACCAGGGCGGCAGGUUCCUGCGGUACUCCGUCUCCUUGCUGGGAUACGGUUUCUACGGCGACGUGCUGAUGGACAGCGAGAGGAAGCGGUGGAUGGGGCCGGUCAGAUACGACUUUUCGGGUCUGAAGAUGUUUCUCACACACAAUUACUACGAGGGAACAGUGUCGUUCCUGCCAGCCACAGACGGGUCGGGGACCCCCAGGGACAAGACUACAUGCAGAGCUGGGUGCUCCAGGUGCCGGUGCAGCGGGCCGCUCGGCUCCGAGGACGGACAGGCCAGCGGGACGGGAGACGACGUCUCCAGUGGGGAGCACGGCGGUGAUUGGCGGACGAUUCGGGGGAGGUUCCUGGCGAUAAACGCGGCCAGUAUGAGCUGCGCCUGCCCCCGCAGCCCCCAGGGCCUGUCGCCCGCCGCUCACCUGGCCGACGGCACCGCCGACCUCAUCCUCGUCCGCACGUGCUCCCGAGCCAACUUCCUGCGUCACCUCCUGCGCCACACCAGCAGGGACGACCAGUUUGACCUGUCCUUCGUGGAGGCGCACCGCGUGCGAAAGUUCCGCUUCACGCCCAGGUGCAGCGAGAGCGACGGGGACCCGUGGCCGGCCCCCGGGGGGGCGGGGCCAGCGAAGGGGCUGUUCGGGCAGAUGUGCCAGGACCGCCCCGGCUGCGCCCCCGCCUACAGCAGCUGGAACUGCGACGGCGAGAUACUCCCCCACGCCAGCAUCGACGCGGGGGUGCACCGCCAGCUGAUCAGGCUGUUCGCCCGAGGGAUCGAGCAGGCGUCCCCUCUGGAGGACAUCGGCUCACCCUGAACCGCGCGCGCGGCAGGAGUCGCCCCGGAGAUCCCUGCUGGAGUACACUGGGGUUCAAAGGUCGCUUCGGUGACAUUCUACUGUUGUCUUAGUUACAGAGGCAGCAACCUGCAGUUCAGUCAUCAACCUCAGCUCUGGGUUUACGCGUGUGUGUGUGUGUGUGUGUGUGUGUGUAUGCUUGAAGUCUCAGGUCACUGUGUACAGUGUUGUGCGUCUGGGACCACCGCAGUGAAUCUCCUUCCAAACAUUUCAUGAAAAACAUCUGAGCGGACUACAAAAUGGCCGUGGAGGUUUUACAGAACUACGAUGAGAACGCCGUGGUGAACGACAGGCAGUGUGCGCAUGUGCACACGCUCAUACUGACUGAGCUGGACUGGCAUACGGUGUGGGCUCUGAUAAAAUGAACCUGCCCUGGUGUGGCUUCGUCAGCCGACAGAAGGCGUGUCCGUGAAUGUUUAGUUGUCCUCACGCCAGACACUGAAAAGGAAACUUCUUUUUGUUUGCUUUUCUGUGACAAGCCACACUUAGAAGUGGAGUUUGCAGUUCCGUGCUUUAAUGGAUUAUGACUGAAGAUGAAGGGCCGGGUCCGUUAUAUCGAGCUCCCUCUUCUUUGGUCAUGUCUUAUUAGUCAUACUGCAUCUGCCAGAAUGGGCACUCUAUUAAAUUGGCUGUUAAAAUAGCAGAUAUUAAACUGUGAGGGUUAGCAUUCAUGGACACGCCAUUUAAGGAUACGUAGAGAUUUUAAUCUUGUGCCAUGCUCGUAAAUGCGAAACAAGAGAUACUGAUAUGGUUCUGACAGGCUAAUCAGUGUUUACUGUGAGCAGCUCACUGGUGGAAAUGCCAAAAAAA